UGUGCCCAUAUCCAAUAUGGCCGCCUUCGGGAGAACGUCGCCGUGCGUCGGGAUCACAUGGCUUGGGAUCAUUGUUGUCAUGGCAUCGCUCACAGCAGGAUGAUGGCGGUGGAAGUUUAGCUUGUAUGAUCGGGCCUUGGAGACGGUGGGCUGUUCACUAGAAUCAUCCGUGUACUGGAGGAUGCUUCAGCCUGGGAACUACAGCCUGGUGCUUUCCCUGCAGUCCCUGCUGCUGAUAUAUGACUUAUUUGUCAAUUCAUUCUCUGAGUUGCUGCGUUCAGCUCCAGUUAUCCAGCUUGUGCUCUUCAUAUUACAGGAUGUGGGCAUCCUGUUCGCAGCCAUCGUCUUGUUUCUCAUGCUGUUUAACACCUUCGUCUUCCAAGCUGGUCUCCUGGGCCUCCUGUGCCAGCGGUUUCAGGUCACCGUCAUCCUGUGCGCUCUGCAUUUAGGUCUCAGCGUGGCAUUACACGUAUGGCUCAUGAACUUACGGUGGAACACAGGAAAUACCUUCAUUUGGUCUGAUGGGCUCCAGGCAUUGUUUGUUCUGCAGAGAGUUGUGGCUGUGUUUUAUUUCUACUUCUACAAGAGAACAUCUCUGAAUCUGGGAGAUUCUCGCUUCUAUCACGACUCUCUCUGGCUUCGCAAUGAAUUUGCAAGAGUGCAAGGUUGAACCGGUCCUCAAGAGAACAAUCUUCUGCCUUGUGUGUUGAUAGCUGAAGUCUUGAUGAGUACUUCAUUCAUCGCAGACGUAGAAGACGGCACAACCCUUAUUUUGUGGAAAAUGCAUUUGUCUUGAAACCCCCAAUGACAGACCGAAUCGAAUUAUGAAUUUUUUAUACACACACAUAGGGGGGUUAUUUACAAAAGGCAAAUCUACUUUGCACUACAAGUGGCACUUGG